GACGUUUGUCUCUUCCGCGCUGCGUGCGGGAGGCGUCCGGUUGAAGCUGCCUUUGGGGGGUCUUGGGACUUUCUUCGAGGACUUCUCUUUUUUUUCCCGGGCAGAAGUAGGAUCCGUUAAGUAAGCCGUUACCAUGGCGAUGCAAGCGGCGAAACGCGCUAAUAUCCGUCUCCCCCCUGAAGUCAACCGAAUAUUAUAUAUCAGAAACUUACCAUACAAAAUCACAGCUGAAGAAAUGUACGACAUUUUUGGAAAAUAUGGACCUAUACGGCAAAUCAGAGUAGGAAAUACUCCUGAGACCAGAGGAACAGCUUAUGUAGUAUAUGAGGAUAUCUUUGAUGCCAAAAAUGCUUGUGAUCAUCUGUCAGGAUUCAACGUGUGCAACAGAUAUCUUGUCGUCUUGUACUAUAAUGCAAACAGGGCAUUCCAAAAGAUGGAUACAAAGAAAAAGGAAGAACAACUCAAACUUCUGAAAGAAAAAUAUGGAAUAAACACAGAUCCACCAAAAUAAGACUGUUAAACAUCUUGAGCAUCUGGCUCUUCUGGACAUUUCUUAAUAUCCCAUUGAUGUUUCUAGGCUGAGCUCCCAAGAUAUGCCCAUCUAGUUUGAAGUACAGGCAUUUAUAGUUUUUUGAUUUACUGUACUGGUAAUCUCAGUUUUGGAUUGACUCAUCGGUCAUAUGUAACUAUAAUGGCAAGGACUUUAAAAUUAAAUUAGUCAUGGGGUACGGCUGUUGAAGUUUUCCA